CAUUGAUGAAGUUCUACAUUGACAAUUUACCAAUAAUAUUUCCUUACGACCGUAUCUAUCCUGAACAAUAUGCCUACAUGUGCGAUCUCAAAAGGACCCUCGACGCAGAGGGCCACUGCGUCCUCGAAAUGCCUUCAGGGACUGGGAAGACCGUCUCGUUGCUGUCCUUAAUCGUUUCAUACCAACAGUUUCAUCCAGCCCGACGGAAACUUAUCUACUGUUCUCGAACUGUUCCUGAGAUUGAAAAAGCCCUUGCUGAGCUGAAGAGAUUGCUUGCAUAUCGAAUAGAGUGCGCCGAGACCGAAGAGGGGAAGCAGAAAGAGAGAAGCUUCACGGGACUUGGGUUGACCAGUCGUAAAAAUCUAUGCAUUCACCCAGAGGUUUCUAAGGAAAAGAAAGGGAAGGUAGUCGACGCUCGGUGUCGAGACAUGACGAAUGCUGCCGUCUGCGAAAAAGGGAGAGCGGAUCCGGGCUCCGUGGAAUUAUGUGAUUGGCAUGAGAAUCUUGGCAAACUUGAGCCUGGAAGUCUGAUUCCUCCCGGAAUAUCGACCUUGGCAGAUAUCCUCCAAUAUGGGCGCGAUAAUAUAACAUGUCCCUACUUUACUGUUCGAAGAAUGUUACCUUUCGUAGAUGUCAUCAUAUACUCUUUUCACUACCUCCUUGAUCCCAAGGUUGCCGAACAAGUCUCAAAAGAAAUGACCAAGGAUGCAAUAGUCGUAUUCGACGAGGCACAUAAUAUCGACAAUGUGUGUAUCGAGUCUCUUAGUAUAGACUUGACGCGACCGAUGCUGGACUCUGCAAGCCGCAGCAUCGGCAAACUCGGUGAAAAGAUAGAAGAGAUCAAAACGACCGACGCAGCAAAGCUCCAGAAUGAAUAUGCGAAGCUUGUUGAAGGUCUCCAGGAUGACCCGCAAGACGAUGAAGUUAGGGAUGGAUUUAUGACUAGCCCUGUUCUACCCGAGGAUCUGCUAAAUGAGGCUAUACCCGGGAACAUUCGGAAAGCUGAACAUUUCAUUGCUUUCCUCAAAAGAUUUGUAGAGUAUCUGAAGACGAGGAUGCGGGUUCUCCACGUAGUAGCUGAAACGCCGCUGUCAUUUCUGCAACACUUAAAGGAUAUCACUUACAUUGAACGCAGACCAUUGAGGCCGGUAUUUAGUGGAGCGGAUUGCGGUAGUGCCCUCGCUGACUCCUUCCUCAGGUUUUGCGCCGAGAGAUUACAGUCCCUUAUAAGGACCUUGGAGCUCAGCCGUCUGGACGAGCACGCCGCACUGCAAAAAGUUUCUGGCUUUGCAACGUUAGUGUCGACUUACGAAAAAGGUUUUCUACUCAUUUUGGAACCCUUUGAAACCGAAAAUGCCACAGUACCCAACCCUAUCUUUCACUUUACGUGCCUGGAUCCUUCGCUGGCAAUCAAACCCGUAUUUGAGCGUUUCAGCAGUGUAGUCAUAACGUCGGGUACCAUCUCGCCCUUGGACAUGUAUCCGAAGAUGCUUCAAUUCUCUCCCGUGGUACAAGAAACGUAUCCUAUGACGCUGACUCGAAACGCAUUCUUACCUUUGGUCAUCACCAGAGGCAGUGACCAGGUAGCCAUCAGCUCCCGAUUUGAAGUUAGAAAUGACCCCGCAGUUGUUCGCAACUUCGGCAGUAUUCUUGUUGAAUAUAGUAAAAUCGUGCCCGACGGAAUCGUAGCCUUCUUUCCAAGCUAUCUCUACAUGGAAUCUAUAGUGGCGGCUUGGAAUGAUAUGGGUAUCUUGAACGAAGUUUGGAAGAACAAGCUCAUUUUCGUCGAGACCCCGGAUGCUAACGAGACGAGCAUUGCAUUGGAGAAUUAUAGAAGGGCUUGCGACAAUGGUCGUGGAGCUGUACUUUUAUCUGUCGCCAGAGGGAAAGUAUCAGAAGGCAUCGACUUUGACCACAACUAUGGACGCGCUGUCAUCAUGUUUGGUGUUCCUUAUCAGUACACAGAGUCUCGAAUUCUGAAGGCUAGGCUGGAAUACUUGCGUGAUGCUUAUCGGAUACGCGAGUCUGAAUUCCUAGGCUUUGAUGCCAUGCGGAAUGCGGCGCAGUGUGUUGGCCGUGUCCUUAGAGGAAAGACCGACUGGGGUUUGAUGGUGUUUGCAGACAAGCGGUUCGCUCGAGCGGAUAAAAGAGCCAAGCUUCCUCGCUGGAUUAAUCAAUAUAUUACGGACACUGGUUCAAAUCUUUCGACCGAUAUGGCGUUGACACUGUCAAAACUGUUCAUGCGGACAAUCUCCCAAAAUCCAAACGAGAACCAGACAGGCGUCUCUCUGUGGACGCUUGAAGACAUUGAAAAGGCUCAGGCGAAGCAAAGGGCUGAGGCCAUGGCGAUGGAAGUGGAGCGACAGGCGAACACCAUGGAUGACGAGGACGAAUUCGAGGAUGGAGGUAUCAGCGAUCGAAUGCUGGCAGACUUUGAUAUGGAUGGGGGAGGCUGGAAGUCGUUACAGUAGUCAUACAAAUAACUUAGUGCGUUAAUGAGACGCUGAGUCGUGAAUCUAGUGUGGAAACGGGAAUGUUG